AUGAUUUUCAAAAGCGGGUCCUUUGCGACCUUCCUGAUCCUGUGCCCAACCUGCUUUUUCCUGGGCAUUAUAUUCUCCAUGUUCCCCUAUGAUUAUCCCAUUCUGUGGUCGACCGUCCCUACCCCGGCCUCGCAUUAUGAUUACUUCGAAGCCCACCUUCGGUUCCUGCAUGCGUCGCCGCCUCUGAUUCCCCGUAUCCUGCACAUCGUGAUCUUCCUCGGCCUCGCCGGCCUGGUCACCAAGCUCUACCGCCCUUCCGAGUCCAACAUGCUCUUCGAUGGCGCCUCCCUCGUCCUCUACAUGUGCGGUGUCACCGUCUACAUCGCCAACAUCAUCAAGGGUCUGCGUCUCGCCUCGGCCGGCCAGUACGGUGCCGCGCUCGCCAACAACCCGGACGACAAGGACCAGAUCCUGGGUCGUGAGGACUCACUCAAGGUUAUGGCCGCGAGCAAUACCAUUCUGGCUCUGGUGCUGGUUGGUGUCCUGGUCCUGCAGGCGGGCCAGUGGUAUGCAGAGCGCAAGGAUGCGCAGGAAUCAGAGACCAUUGCGGCCGAGGCGGAGGCGGAAGCUACGGCAGCGCAGCACAAGAAGACCGAGGCUGAUGCGCCUGCUUCGGCGACGACAACUGGUGCAGCGACGGGUAAGCCCGGUCGUCAGGGAAGUCAGCGCAAGAAGGGCAAUUAG